GCGUAUAAAUUUUUGGAUGAAUUGGAGACGACUCUAUUGUAAACGACGACCGAAACUUGGGUAAAAUUCUUAGCCCGUACAAAUGUUUCAAUAGUUCAAGCCCCGUUUAUUUUUAUAUGUUUUACUUACAAAAAAAUGUGACUUCGAGUUAAAAUUUAUUUUACUCAAUAUCAAAUAAUCCCCGUUUACCUGGAUAUAAGAGAUAAAAAUUGCAUGAAAAAAAAAUUAAAAAUCACGCUUAUAACCAAAUAUACGGGUUUGUAAACAAAUUCAAAACUUCAACACGAUAUAAAACCUUAAGAUUUCUUUUAGAUCUCACUAACGAAAAAUUGUAAUGGCUGCAGAUGCUUUACGUGUAUUAAGAAAAAGAUCUUUGGAAGAAUAUGAUGAUGAUUAUAAGCCAUUAUCAAAGCGAAUGCACAGCAUGUAUUUAAAGGAUGGUCCACUAAAUGGUGAAAAUCUUUUGGCUGAUACUAAUGUCUAUGGCAAUGCGUCUACAUCAGCUCAACAUAACCAACAAUCAACAACUAGUUAUAACUAUCCAAAUGUAAAUAAUCAACAAAGUAUUAGUGAAGAAGAUUCACAACAUUUACAUUACGAUCCAGAUCUAACUUCUGAUCAAAAUCCAUACUACUAUGAAAGUAACAGAUUGUUAUUUGAUCUCUAUGUAGAAAGAGUACACCGUCAUGGACAAUAAUAAUUUAGUUCACACUUCAAAUUUAAGUUCUUAAUCUAAAUAUUUUAAUUUACUGCCAGUUGUCUAUUUAGGCAUCACCAUAUACUUUGUGAAUAAGUCAGUUGCUUUGGCUAUAUUUUAAACUGAAAUUAAUGUUAAUUAUUUAUGAUAAUUGUUUUAUAAGAUUUAAAUUAUUUAGAAAUGAACAUUUAGUUUUAAGAAAUUGUUGACCCAAUGUUUCCUAUUUAGCCAUUUUUAGGUUGAACAAUUAAUAUCUCAACUUUAAGAAACAUAAUAGUGUUUUAUACAUCAGCAAGUAAAUGCUGAUUGCUAAUACGUAAAAUGUUAUUACUCUAUAUAAAUCAAUUUAGGAAUUAAAAUAGUUUACUUAGUCCACUAAGUUAAUUGCAAUUUGAUUUUGUAUUCUUCAUUAUUUGUAUUCAUUCUCAGGGGCCAAUUAUUUAAUUCAAAAUUGUAUUGU